UUAUUAACAAGUUCCACAAGUUAUUAACAAGUUCAACUCACAGAUACCUAACGACACAUUUUCCUCCCCGCUUCAAUUCAAAGCGUGUCUUAGUAUUAGGAAAGACCGUACGAUAGAUAUAGUUCAGAAAAGUGAAUGGAAGUAUCUGGUAUCAGUCCGGGUGAGUACGUGUGGGAUCAGAAGAAACGGGAGGAGGUUUUCCUUGAAAUCUUCGUUACUAGUUGUCUUCAUACCCGAGAAGGUUCACGGGGAAAAUUAUUGGAUCGAUACCUAAAGAGUGAGUAGAAGGAGCCGUUCCUUCCCCCCCCUCACCCACCCUCCUAUACCCAUACCCCGCCCUCCUGCCCAGCCUCCUCCUGCCCAGCCUCCUCCUGCCCAGCCCUCGCGAUGCCCUUCCUGAAGCUGGAUCUGCACAACCACAUCCUGCCGGAGUCGUGGCCGAACCUGAAGGAGCGAUAUGGUUACGGGGGUUUCAUCCAACUCGACCAUGAGUCCUGUGCCAUUCCCGCCAAAGCCAACAUGAUGAAGGACGGGCAGCUGUUCCGCGUGGUGGACGAUAACUGCUGGAGUCCCGAGGCGAGAAUCAAGGACAUGGACGACACAGGAGUCACAGUCCAGGCCCUGUCCACCGUGCCCGUGAUGUUCUCGUACUGGGCCAAGCCUGAACACACACUGGAUCUGAGUAGGCUCCUGAACGACGACCUUGGCAAGACCGUGCAGCAGAACCCACGUAGGUUCGUCGGCCUCGGAACCGUGCCCAUGCAGGCUCCCGAGCUCGCCGUCGAGGAACUGAAGAGACUCAAGGGCGACCUACGCUUCCCCGGGAUACAGGUCGGGUCGCACGUCAACGAGUGGAAUCUCGACGCCAAGGAACUCCAGCCGGUGUGGAAGACGUGCGAGGAUCUCGGUCUGUCAGUGUUCGUCCACCCUUGGGACAUGCAGAUGGGAGGACGGCAAUCGAAGUACUGGUUGCCAUGGCUCGUCGGGAUGCCAGCUGAGACCGCCACUGCCAUCUGUUGCAUGCUUAUGGGCAAUGUCUUGGAACAGUUCCCACGCCUGAAGGUCUGCUUUGCCCACGGCGGCGGGUCCUUCCCCUACACCGUGGGUCGCAUCCAACACGGGUACGACGUCCGGCCCGACCUCUGCGCCACUGCCUGUGCCACAGCGCCGCGUUCCUUCCUCGGGAAAUUCUGGUGCGACAGCCUGGUUCACGACCCCGAGGCUUUGAAGCUCUUGCUACAGGUGAUAGGUGACCGACGCGUGAUUCUUGGCUCCGACUACCCCUUCCCAUUAGGGGAACACCAUCCGGGGAAGCUGAUCGAGAAUUCGGACAUUCCCGAUUCCACCAAGAAACAGCUGCUUUUCGACAACGCUCUGGAAUUCUUGAACUUGGAAGCCUCUCAGUUCUCGUAAU